AAAAGGACAAUUCUUCCCGGCAAGGCAAGCGACAAGCCGACAACCAGCAGAACAGAAUCAGCUGUCGGCCCGUCCUUGAGUCUGUGCUUGUAUGGUGAUUUAAGUGUGUGCACCAGGCUAUGGGACGCUACUCCAGUGAUUCAGACAGUGACAGGGUGAGCAGGAGGCGGCGGAGGAGCAGAUCUCGAAGCAGCAGCAGUACAAGUUCAAGAAGCCGCCACCGUCACCACAAGAAGUCAAGGCGGCGGCGGCGACACUCUUCCAGCAGAUCCGUCAGCCACUCCCGCAGCUCCUCACCAAGCAGGAGGUCUCGAUCUGGCAGUCGUGAUCGGUACAGACGACGGCGCACCCACUCACGCACUCGGACACGUUCCCGCUCACGAGACAGAUCAAGGAAUCGCAAACACAAAAAAUCUAAACACAAGAGGAGAAAGCGCAGCUCUAGCUCUGACUCUGACCGGAGUGACAGAUACACCAAAUCACGCUCGGCCAGAAGCAGCAUUGACCGGGGAAGUCGAGGCUCAACACGUGAUCGUGACCGCAGAGACAGAGACAGAGAGAGAGAGAGGGAGAGGGAGAAAGAUCGAAAUCGAGACAGGGAACGUGACAGUGAAAGAGACAGAGAGAACGAGAGAGAUGUUAAAGUAUUAUCUCCAGUACCUGAAGAAAGUCCUUUAGUGAAGACUCAAGAAAUGACAGAAUCUGAGAAGCUUGCCUUUACUCGAGCUAUUGAAGAAAUUGAUGAGGGAGGUUUUGUGCAGCAGAAUUUUAAGUCAACUCGUGAAGAUAAAACGGCCAACAAAGAGAACAAAGAAGAAGGAGAAUUCAAUUUCGGGACACAGGCUGAGCUGUCUGCAAAGGCCAAUAAAUUUAUUCCUCUCAGUGAUGACAGCCUGUUCAGUCCUCAUCUGUUUGGUGACCCAGAAGAGCGGGAAGAAAAAUACUUGAGAAGAAUCUUUUCUCUUCGUCAGAAAGCUCUCCUUGGAGAGCCAAUUUAGUAAAAUUAAGUUUUGGAAGGAGAAAUUAAAGGUUACUAACAAGAACUCUGAUUGCAGAACCCAUGCAGGGAGUGACUUACCACAGUUAACUUCAUCAGAAUUGUCUCCACAGUCAUCUUCUCCAUCACACUGAUAAGACUUGCGGAUACACUUGGCAUUGCUGCAGUUGAAUUCGUCAGAUGUACAUUCUCGAUACUUCUGGUUGCAUGAUAUACCUUCGUCUGAACCAUCUCCACAGUCAUUGUCAAAGUCACAUUCCCAGUCCUGUUAUGAAUCAAUGAUUAUAAGAAAAGCAAGCUGUUAUAGAAUAUAGACCCACAUGUAUGAUAAAAGUAUACACGACUAUACAAGUACCAUCUUCUUUUUAUACAUAUUUUCACUUGUAUUUUUCAGGAAUAAAGGUACGUAAAAUAAA